AUGUCUCCCAACUCCAAGAAACCCAAGCCCCUCUUCAUCCUGCCCAAGUCUUACUUCGACAAAACCAAGUCCUCCUUCGACGAGUUUUCCAAGCGCCCGCCUACUCCCUACUACCCUCCGGGAACUUCCAGAGGCUCAGGCUCCAUGUCUGCGAACCCUGCUAAGCUGUUGACUGAGUUGAGCGCUGCUAAGGCUAGGGAUGAGGAGAGGGCUAAGGCUGAGGCUGAGAAGAAGGGUGCUGGUGCCGGAAAGGGAGAGAAGAAGAAGAAGUAG